AUGCGAAAACAUUUACUUCGUCUACCCAUCAAAUUGUCAACAACAACAAUCGCUUUUCGCUACAAAUCCAAAACAAAAUUUUUGGCAAUGCAAAAUCCCUUCGAAGUGCCUACUUACCAAGUUGGAAACCAAACUUACCGACGAAAUUGUCCUCUUGAAAUGGUAAAUACAACAAAUCCAGCAGCUGUUUCCGCCCAAAAAUUUAAUGAAAUGGAAGAAGAGGAGGAAAGAAGUUGUGAAAUGAUUGAAGAAGCAACUACCAACACUUUAUUGGAAAUUAGAGAAGAACAAGAAAAGCCAAGUCAUUCAAAAGAAGUCUUCCCACCAAAAGAAGAAUCGUCUUCAACAUCAACAGAUGAACCAGAACAUUUAAAUAAAGAAAUUCUUGGUCCAACACCUCCAAAAAAGAUACAAAUUGAAAUAUUAGAAGAACAACAGACAAUAAUAAAAAAUAAUAAAGAAACUUUAAUUAUUGAAAAAGAAGAAAAACAACAAAUUAAAUUAAUUGAUUCUAUUAAAUACGACACAAAAGAUUCUUUAUAUUAUGACAAAAUUCAAAUACCGGGUGCUCUUAUCGGUUUAAUUAAAGGCAAAGAAGGUUAUAAACAAAGAGUAAUGGAGAAAGAAUUUGGCUGCAAAAUACAUUACCCCAAGAAGAAGGAAAAAGUUCAUGGAAAAAUGACUGAAAUUAAAAUUACCUCUCCACAAUCAGCCGAAAACGUCCUAAAAUGUCGAGAUGCAUUAGAAAUAGCUGUUGAAAAGGCUCGCAAACAGGCAAUGCCCACACAUUUUGUUUCUGUCCCGGUUGGGUUGACUAGUGUUAAAAUUAGAGAGCAAUACCAAAAUUUUGUUCACAACAUUCGUGCAGAUGAGGAUUUGCCGGAAGACUGCAAAAAUCCAGACCUUUUUAUAACUCCAAGCAAGCUUCAUUUGACCCUCUGUGUUCUUAGAUUAUUUACUGAAGAGGAUGUCAACUCUGCCAAACAGUUUUUGGAUGAAUUGUUUCGAUCAGAGGCCGUCAAAGAAAUAUUUACAAAUUCUGACCUUGAACACAUUCAACUUGAAUUUACUGAACUUGAACAUUUUGAAGAUAGACCUACAGACAAAAUUGCUGUCCUUUUUGCCAAAUGUGUUUCUGAAAGACUCCAAAAAUUGGCCAAUAUUGUUGAAGAAUCUCUCUCAGCUUCCUUUUUAACCGAAAAACGAAAAUCCAAAGAAGUUGUGUUGCACAUGACGAUGAUGAAUACAAAAUAUUUACGAGAGAAGAAAAGAUCCUUUUUAAAUGUAUCCAAACUUUUGGAAAAAUUUGGCAAAUUAAAUUUUGAUCCUGUCAAUAUUUCAGAGCUUCAUCUUUGCGAAAUGAGCAGCUUGACUGAUGCUGAAUUGGCUCUUGAGACGUAUAAAUGUAUACAUCAAUUACAAUUUCCAACCAAAUAA